AUGCCUGUUAAUCCUCAGAUACUCGGUAAGUUGGAACAUUCUCAGAAGGUACUCGAGACACCGCCAUCGGAACCUCCAACUCCUGCUAAACUUCCAUCCCGCAAUCCAACCCGCUCCUUCUGGAUCGAUUCCUCUCCGGACGCAAAUCCACUCGCUCGCCAAGGUAGCCAAGAUCCUCUGCCUAGUGAUGCAGACGUCUGCAUCAUCGGGGCUGGUAUCACAGGCGUUGGCGUCGCGUACCAUCUUAUCGAACUCUUGAAUAACGCCUCGCUGUCUGUCAAAAAUCCGCUCAGAAUCGUGAUACUCGAAGCAAGAGAUUUCUGCUCAGGAGCGACUGGAAGGAAUGGUGGACAUCUUACGCCGGCUGCUUUCCUCGAGUUUGCUCAACGUCAGGCAUUAUUCGAUACGGUCGAGGCAAUUAAGUCGUAUAAACUCGAACAACACACCGCUUCUUUACUCGUCAAAAUCAUAAAGGAGAAUGGUUGGGCAAGCGAUAUCGACCUAGUAGAAGGUGGACACAUAGAUCUCAUGUUCACAGAGAAGGAAGCAGGAAAUGCGCACAAAGACUUCGAUAUGGCACGUCAAGCGCAACUCAAUCUAGAUGGCGUGGAAUGGCUCUCGAAGGAGGAACUGGAGAAGGAAUAUGGUGCACCUUACUCAGGAUUCCGCGAGCCAGGAAACAACGUCUGGCCACUAAAACUUGUCACGAAGCUGUACCAGCAUGCUCACGCACACGCUGGGAAAUACGCCUCCCUGAAGUUGCACACUCAGACCCCAGUGACUGCAGUCACACAUGAAACGACCGAUAAUUCUUCUACUUAUGCAGUCGUGACGAACCGGGGUAGCAUUUCGUGCUCCCGUGUUGUCCAUGCCACGAAUGCGUACGCCUCUUAUCUUCUUCCCUUUCUCACUGGUCCAGAUGGAAUUAUACCGACUCGAGGACAAGUAAUGGCCACCCGUGCUUCUGUCGGUACAGAUCAAAUCCAUAUACCAAGCUGGAGCGGAAACGAAGGUUUUGCAUACUGGUUCCCACGACCCGUAAAAUACUAUACCGAAAAACCGUUGAUCAUCAUUGGUGGUGGCCGGGAAGCUGUGGCACCCCAAUACGAGCUAUACGUGGACGAUGACUCUGAAACGCACCCUCUCGUCGGGAAGGCGCUUCGCGAGUUCCUGCCAUCUGUAUUCGAGGGUAAAUAUGACCCUCUUUCGGAGCCUGAGAUGGAAUGGACUGGCAUCAUGGGCUUCACGAAGAUGGGGGAUCCGUUUGUUGGUGCUGUGGCAGACUUACUCCUAGCAAAUCCAGACAGAGAACUGUACCAGAAACAGUACAUCGCCGCAGGAUAUACCGGUCAUGGAAUGCCGCGCGCAUUUGGAUGUGCCGAAGUCAUCGGCCAAAUGAUUCUGGCUGAGAUUUCUGAUAAAGAGUGGAAGGAACCUGAUUGGAUUCCACAACGUUAUCUGACACGGAAUAGACGAGUCCAGUGA